AGUAUUAUAACCUCUUUUAAUAACUAUGUCUUUGCCUGAUGAUGAAAUCGCAUGUGCAUUGAAAGAACAGUUUGGAUUUGAGGUCGAAUCGAUCAAAGCUUUAGGGGGGUAUGAAGACUUUAAUUAUUACACAAGAGAAGCUUCAAGUCAACGGGAAUUAUUGCUGAAAGUAAAAAGGCCCUUCCACGAUCCAGAAAGCCCAACUUCGGAUGUUAUGCGAAAAGCAAUGGUCCAUUUGCGCAGUCAUGGUGUACCAGCUCCAAAACCAAUUAAAAACCGCAACGGAAAAUAUUACGGCUGUUACAAAUUUGAUGAUCCGGUCGGAAAGAGGUUUUUGGAGCUUUACACUUUUGUGCCUGGUAAAACUGUUGUGGACACUUCAUGGACACCCAAAUCUAUGGAGGAAAUGGCUGCCAACGUUGGGCAACUUUGCGCGAAAGUAACAUUAGCAUUACAGGCAGGGACAGAACCAUUCGUUUAUAUAUAGUAGGUGGGGGAAGAUGGGACAC